AAAUGCCUCCAUGGCCUGGGCCUCGCGGCGGCAGCCCAUGGAGCCGGGGCUGCUGCGGCCGGCGCCGGUGAGCGAGGUCCUGGUGCUGCACUACAACUACACGGGCAAGCUGCGCGGGGCGCGCUACCAGCCGGGCGCGGGGCUGCGCGCCGACGCCGCCGUGUGCCUGGCCGUGUGCGCCCUCAUCGUGCUGGAGAACCUGGCCGUGCUGCUCGCGCUCGCGCGCUACCCGCGCUUCCGCGCGCCCAUGUUCCUGCUGCUGGGCAGCCUCACGCUGUCCGACCUGCUGGCCGGCGCCGCCUACGCCACCAACAUUCUGCUGUCCGGGCCGCUCACGCUGAGACUGUCGCCGGCGCUCUGGUUCGCGCGCGAGGGCGGCGUGUUCGUGGCGCUCGCCGCGUCCGUGCUGAGCCUCCUGGCCAUCGCGCUCGAGCGCCGCCUCACCAUGGCGCGCCGGGGGCGCACGCUGGCGCUGGCGGCCGCCGCCUGGGGGCUGUCCCUGCUCCUGGGGCUGCUGCCCGCGCUGGGCUGGAACUGUCUGGGCCGCCUGGACGCCUGCUCCACCGUGCUGCCGCUCUACGCCAAGGCCUACGUGCUCUUCUGCGUGCUGGUCUUCCUGGGCAUCCUGGGCGCCAUCUUCGCGCUCUACGCGCGCAUCUACUGCCAGGUGCGCGCCAACGCUCGGCGCCUGCCCGCGCGCCCCGGGCCCACCCGCGCGCGUCGCCUCCCGCGCUCCCUGGCGCUGCUCCGCACGCUCAGCGUGGUGCUCCUGGCCUUCGUCCUGUGCUGGGGACCCCUGUUCCUGCUGCUCCUCCUCGACGUGGCCUGUCCCGCGCGCGCCUGCCCCGUGCUCCUGCAGGCCGACCCCUUCCUGGGCCUGGCCAUGGCCAACUCGCUGCUGAACCCCAUCAUCUACACGCUCACCAACCGCGACCUGCGCCGCGCACUCCUGCGCCUGCUCUGCUGCGGCCGCCGCCCCUGUGGGCCACACCCGGCCGGCCCCAAGCCCUCCGGGAGCGCGGCCACUUCGGGAGGCCUGGGGCGCUGUCUGCCCCCCGGCCUGGACCUCAGCUCCAGCCGCUCCGAGCGCUCCGAGCGCCAGGGUGACGCGCUGGACACCAGUGGCUCCACCGGCAGCCCCGGCGCAGCCACAGCUGCCCGGACCCUGGGGCACGCCCCGCUGCCGACUGAUGCCCGCCGACCUUCCCAAGAGCUAUUUUAAAGACGUUUUCUUUUUUAAAUAAAGAAUUUGUAGGAAAGACAA